AGCAGAAUGGGGUGGGACUGAAUUUCUGGUGAACGGAUUGACCGUGCAGUCGAGGCAGGGUUUCUUGCAUCUCGAUCGUUGGAUUUGGUGAAGACGCAGGUUUCAGAAGCGCAUUUUCCCUUCCAACUGAAGCAAUGAAGGUGACUGUGGAUUUUGAAGAUUGUCUGAAAGACUCUCCUCGAUUCCGAGCGACCAUCGAGGAGGUGGAGACCGAUGUCGGGGAGUUAGAGUCCAAACUAGACAAGCUGGUCAAGCUCUGUAUUGGGAUGAUUGAUGCUGGCAGGGCCUAUAUUCUGGCCAACAAGCAGUUUGUCAACGGCAUCAGAGACCUCGCUCUGCAGUCCACUAGAGAUGUGGUCAUUGAGUCGAGUUUAACCAAGUUCGCUGAAAGUCUACAAGAGAUGAAUAACUACCAUACAAUUUUAUUUGAUCAAGCUCAGAGAUCAAUAAAGUCCCAACUCCAGACAUUUGUGAAGGAGGACCUUCGGAAGAUAAAAGAGACCAAGAAGCAGUUUGACAAGGUGAGCGAGGAGAAGGAGGUGGCGCUGGUGAAGAACGCACAGGUGCCUCGGAACAAGACGCACGAGGUGGACGAGGCCACCAACAUCCUCACCACCACGCGAAAGUGCUUCCGCCACAUCGCCCUGGACUAUGUGCUGCAGAUCAAUGUGCUCCAAUCUAAAAGAAGAUCUGAAAUCCUCAAAUCAAUGCUGUCCUUCAUGCAAGCCCAUCUCACCUUCUUCCACCAAGGCUAUGACCUAUUUAGUGAGCUUGAACCGCUUAUGAAACAGCUAGGCAUACAGCUGGAUCAGCUCGUGGUUGACGCUGCAAAAGAGAAAAGAGACAUGGAACAGAAACAUUCCACUAUCCAACAGAAGGACUUAUUCAACGAGGACACUAAGUUAGAGUACAAUGUGGACACAGACAAUGGGAUAGCCAUGGAGGGAUACCUGUUCAAGAGGGCGAGCAACGCCUUUAAAACAUGGAAUAGGAAAAAAGCAGAUAAUGACAGGCGCUGGUUCUCCAUUCAAAAUAGUCAGAUGGUUUAUCAGAAGAAAUUUAAGGAUAACCCCACUGUGGUAGUGGAAGACCUGCGGCUGUGUACCGUAAAGCAGUGUGAAGACAUUGAGCGGCGCUUCUGCUUUGAAGUGGUAUCACCCACAAAGAGCUGCAUGAUGCAGGCGGACUCGGAGAAGCUGCGGCAGGCCUGGAUCAAGGCGGUGCAGGAGAGCAUCGCCACGGCCUUCAGAGAGAACGGGGACGAACCGGUGACAAGGCUUGACCGCAAGUCCUCUGCGUCCCUGGGCAGUCUGGACUCGGGUGGCGACACCAGGUCUAUGAAGGGCGAGAGCGCCCUCGGGAGGGUGCUGGCCAUCCAUGGGAACGACACCUGUGCCGACUGUGGGCAACCCGAGCCACGCUGGGCCAGCAUCAACCUGGGCAUCACACUCUGCAUCGAGUGCUCCGGCAUACACAGGAGUCUGGGUGUGCACAACUCCAAAGUCAGGUCCCUUACACUGGACUCUUGGGAGCCAGAACUGCUCAAGUUAAUGUGUGAACUUGGAAACGGGGUGAUAAACCAGAUCUAUGAGGCCCGUCGGGAGGACCUGGGAUGCAGGAAGCCGCAGCCUGGAGACCCCAGACAGGAGAUUGAGGCCUUUAUCAGAGCCAAGUACAUUGACAGGAAGUUUGUCCUGAAGCCUUCUGCCAUGGAGCAGAGAGCUAAGGUGAUUAGCCUGAGCAAACAGGACAAGCAGCCGAGGAGUUGUGCCGAGUUCCUGCCCCCACGGCCGCCUCCGCCUACCCCAAAGCUCCGCACCGCCUCCAGCACCUCAGUAGCGGCCGCCGGCCAGGAGGUCCGCCGUGACUCGCUCUUCUGCCCUGACGAGCUUGACUCGCUCUUCUCCUACUUUGACACUUCCUCAAAGCUGCGGAGUUUGCGGAGUGCGGAUAGUGGCAUACAGAACAGUGCAGAUGGCAGUCGGGAGAUGCUGGCCUCCACUCCCUCCAGCAACAGCCUCAGUGAGCCAGUCUCAGAGCCUGAGUCUGAGUCCCCAGUGGCGGUGCCGCGGACGGAGUCUCCGCCGGUGUUCUCCGAGCUGACGGACUUCUCGUCAGACCUGCUGCUGUACUGGGCCUCCUGCGCCUGCAGUAUCCCCGACAUGGCCGAGGCCAUGGCCCACGGCGCCGACAUCAACUGGGUCAACUCCGAGGACAGCAACCGCACGCCGCUCAUACAGGCAGUCCAAGGGGGCUCGCUGGUCACCUGUGAGUUCCUCCUCCAGAACGCUGGUAAUGUGGACCAGCAGGACAUCCGCGGCCGAGGCCCUCUGCACCACGCCACCAUACUGGGCCACACAGGUCAAGUGUGCCUGUUUCUGAAGAGGGGAGCCAAACAGAAUGCUGUCGACACUGACAGCAGAACUCCGCUGUCCAUCGCUGUGGAGGCUGCCAACGCUGACAUAGUCACUCUGCUGCGUCUGGCCAAGAUGAACGAGGAGAUGCGGGAGACGGAGGGAGUGUUUGGCCAGCCAGGUCAAUAUCCCUCCCACAACACCCAAACUGAACAGCAGUAUAAGAAAUGCAUACAGGAGUUUAUCACUCUGCAGUUGGAUGAGUCCUAAACCUGGCUAAAUGUGUUACAGAAUAACAACAACAACAAAAAAACAAUCCUUUUCAGUAUUUACAUAUAAAUUGGCAACAAGAAAAGCAAUUCAACUAUUUCCAAUACCUCAGCCAGACCAUAGAGUGCUAUGAAACUGAAAUCAUUGUGGGGAAAAAUCAAAUGGUUGUCAUGCAUGUGUAUCGUACAUGCAAACAAACCUCGGCAUCUUGGCAUGUUGUGUGUGCUCAUGCUGGCUAGCAAAAUGGUCACAAGUAGUGUUAUAAGAUCUGGAGAAACCAAAUAAGAUUCUAAAUAUGCAUACAUGUGGUUUGUAUGUUUCCCAAUUUUAGGUGUCAGGAUUGCGUUUUUAAUCCCUGGCUAUAGGUGCUUGUUUCCAGCCUGUUUCACAGGUUGACUGUUUAUAACAAAACCACGAAUGCAUUUGUAAUCGUUCAAAAUCAUAGAAUUGGUUGGUGAUGCACCUACAUAUACCCAGUGACUUCCAGCUUGGCUGGGUUGAGAGGGCUUCACAAUGCCAUGAUAAAAUGGGUCUCAAAGCAGGGUUACAGACUUGAUGUCUUCCUAAAGCAGAGAGAGGCUGUUGUGUUAUCACCUGGCUGUCAGAACAUAUUUUGCACAUUAUCUGGAUGUUGCAGCUAAAUUCUUUUUUCGUUUUUGUGCUCGGUGAUGAAGUUCAUUUCAUAUUGUAUUUAAUCUCUCCUGCUCUCCUAAUACUAGUCUGUGUUGUACUGUAUGUAGAGAAUCUUUGAAUUCACUGUAUGCAUUGAAAUGCUGUGAAGUCCUUUUGGUUUGAAAGUUUGGCCCCUGUGCACAGAGUGGUGGUCUCUGGUCUUGACCGCCUACUGAGACAACUUGAUCCCAUUUUAGAAUGACAAAUAACACCUUUGGAGAUUCUAAUGAGAGAAGUGAAGGCAUUUGCUACCUCAUGCACAUGUGCAACAAACUAUUUCUUAGUGGUAAGUGAAGUUGGAAAGGAUGAGCUGACACAGAACCGGACACCAGGAGUAAAGGGGAAAUAUGAUAAAUGCACUAACUUGUCAUCUCCUGACAUGAUGGAACACCUGUUGUCAAGCGAUCUAAACCAGAGACCACCGACUCUGUGCUUGGGCCCUAUUAUAGGGUACCUAGUUCAAGCUAGAGUCAUCAGCAUCUCCCAUGUAGGCAGGCUUACUCUGUUUCUUGUCCACUGAUUCAGUGGAGACCAUCGCAGACGUUCAAGUCUAAUAACUGUUUCUCAACCUGUGCAUGUGCUUCAUAUCUUUCCAGUAGAGCAUUUACGUACUGUAACUUCAAAAGGACUGAUCAUUACGCUUCAAUAGCACAUGGCUGGGGUGAAUCUAUAGGGUGUACAUAUAGCAUACAGCCAGUUCACCAUACAAUACUCUUUAAAACUCUACAAAACUUUAGACAUAUGUAUGAUAUAUAUAGCAAUCAAUAGUUGGGAUACUCAUACUGUUCACUUCAGUCAAGUCAAUCUAAAGCUGAUGCACAAGGCAACUUCUUGAGCAGUGCAGCUGGACAAUGUUCCUGAAUAGUGUUGUACGGGCAUAUCCCUGUUCAUAGUGGGCAGCCAUUUAUUAACUGAUCUAUAACUUAGACCAACAUUGAAUACUGAAUAGACAAUAGGCAAAUCAUCCAAUCGGAACACAUGGGGUUGGUGAUGUGGUUGCCCAGCAACAUUGCUCAAAACCUUGCUCCAUGUAUCGCUAGUUAGAUUGAUAUAAACACCAAACCAGCACACGCAGUGGGUUGAGAGGCCUUUAUCUGCCGGUCUCAGACAGCCCUUUAAACGUCACUGUUUACCAGUAACUGUGUUCUUCAGGUCAGCACACUGCCCUGCAGAAGCCAUACUACACACUAACCUGCCAGAGAGACUGUUCCAACUAUUCUAUGUAAAUGGCCAUAGCACACAGUCCAAGCAAAAAAAGAAAAGUAUAUGUUUAUAUUGGUUUUAUGUAGAAGAAUUUUCCGUACUACAGUGCACAUUAUUUUAUGUUGAUGCUAUAUACAGCGUCCCAUAAUAGUGAUGUUUUUAUUCAACUCGUGUUCUGUGUUGAGACACUCUCAUUUGUAGCAGCAGUUAGGAAUUAAGUCAGGAAUUCUACGGUAGAUCUUUAUUCCUAUGUCACCAUGUUUGCUGCCUACCUGUUCACAAAGAUCUGUAACAUUUUGCAUUUGAGAACACUGAUCCCAUUAUGUGUUUACUCUUGUGACCACCACCUUUUUCUGUUUUCAUGUUACGGUGCUCCGUCAAGUGAAGGAGCCAUUUUUGGACAAUGGAAUUAAUGCAUGAGACAGUCAUGCACUGAUUUCCUGAUAUGGCAGUCUGCAGUGUGUUUGAAAGUGAAAUGUGUUUAUGUGGGGGGGUGGGGGAGUUAUUCUGUUACAAAUAGACUUUCAGCGGGCAGAGAUAUGAACUGGUCUGCCAAAGAUGUAGGGAAAACCAGCCUUAGUGUAGGGAAGAUGUGACCCAGUGGAAUACUUCAAUUGCUUUGGUAUGCCCUGUUGUCAUCCGUUGGAUAUCUGAGGUGAAAGUCGAUGAGGCUCUGUACGAGAGUGCUGUGUUGAUGGUGGUGUGAUAUGUUGGGAGGAGCGAGCGUCUGUCUUGGUGUUUCCUCGUUGGUGGCAUGUUACCUGUGCUGUGCAGACGCACCUGCGGUCGCUGCCUCCUCCUGUCCUCCCACUCCAGAGCUUGUGCCUUUUUCUGUUCUCUGAUUUCUUUGUAAAUCUGCACUUUAAAUACAGUAUGGUCAUUAGCAAAAACACGCCGUCCAUGUUGUCUCUUUUCUUUAUUCCUUCCUAAUAUUAGUGUGCUUUACCGCUGGUGUUUAAACUGUACGCUUUCCUUUGCUCUCUUCCUAUAACUUAUUCAUGCUGUGCAACUUUACUUAAAACUCUUCAAAAGGAGUUGUGUGCGUUAGUCAUCUGGUCUAGUGGGGCUUGGCACUUUCCACUCUGCUUAACAACUGCUUGACCUGCUUGACUCUGACAAUCGCUGCUAAGCUGUGCAACAUGUUCAGGUACGGCUGUCUUUCUCUCUCUGCUCACUCACCUUCAUGUCCUCCAUGUGCUUGGCCAUGUGUGUGUGUGUGUGUGUGUGUGUGUGUGUGUGUGUGUGUGGGAGAGAGCGAGACUGAGAGAUGUCAUAGUUUCCAGAUGCACAUCCAACAAGAUGCCAUUUUUGAUCCAAUGCAUGACCAAGCUAUUUAGUGGGGUUCAUGUUCUUCCCAUAAUGAGAUUUCUACUGUGCCCUCUAGGAGAUGAGACGUAUCAGGAUAUCUUCCGGGACUUCUCCCAGAUGGCGUCCAAUGAGCCUGACAAGCUGAAGCGCUUUUAAGCCAGAUGAUCAGAUGACAUAAGUCAGGUUGACUUUGGUCAGGUAAUCAUCACAGAGGGAGACUGGCUGACAGUUGAAGCAAAGCUCAAGGCUCAAGACACUGGACACCUGUGACUUGGGGACAGCUUUAAGAUUUUGGUUCUGAGUCCCAAUGGCGUCAAGACAUGAAGGUGACUCAGUCGAUUUUGGUGCUGUGUUGAGACUGAGUGGUAUCAAUCCUGAGGAUAACUUAGUCCAACUUUGAACUCAGAGCAGGCCUUUUGCAGUUUACUUCUCUUCAUGUUAUUUUGAGCUCCUCCACCACAGGCAGUUGGAUGAUGUCAAAUUUGCUAAACACACUAAUAAUUCCCAUCCUUAAAAUCUCCAUGGCUGUCCAUUGAAGUAACACUGUAGCCUACUAUACUGUAUGUCUGGCUCCAAAGUGACUUGCACUCAUCUGGUUUGAUCUGAUAUCUGCAGAUGAGGGCCACAGCCAUUCCACAGUCAGUAGGCUAGGAAGCUUCCCUAGACAGCAUUUCAAAGAAAACAGUAUUUAAGUAGAACAAACAAUCUCUGGAUGAUUUAACCUAGUGUUUUUUUUUUUUUUUUUUGCUUGUUGUAAGCAUUUCUCUUCAUAAUUAGAACAAGAGUUUGAAUGGUGUAGCAAUGAUAGACCACAUACUUUCUGGAAAAAGACAAACAGACCAUACCAUGAGUGAUGGUGGUGUAGGCCAAGUUCUGACUCCUUGCUCCCUAUAAUGUAGACGAUGGCAAAGUGCUAUAUCACCACUGUCUUCUCGGGAGAACCUUUAAGCAUUCCACAACAAAGUAUACAGUAGCCUCUUUCUCAACACCAAAUACACUCAGGGAAGACAUGCUGUUUUAGGUGUUUAUAUUGGUUUAUGAAACACUAUGAUGUGACUUAAUCAGCAUAUCGUCUUUAAGGCUCCAAAAGAUUUUGUUUACAACCAAAAAUAAAUGUGUAAAAAUUGUGUUUAUUGUACAAAACAUCUGUGUGUGACUGUUAUUUAUUCCUUUAGUGUGUGAAUGCUUCAUGAAAUUCCCAAUAAAAUAGCAAGGAAUG